AUGGUAUCUCUGUUCAUCAUGCAUCAAGUUUUCAGUAGUUUUUGGCCAAUGAAGUCGAAUAUCAUUGAGGAAAAUAAUUCAUUCAGACAUAAGUCUCAGUCAAGUACGGAUCAAACAGUCAAAAUUCUUUACUAUAACCCACCACCUUGGUUUAGGGGAUUUAACUUCGGGAAUUGUGAAUACUCACAUUGCAUGAUAUCAACAAACAGAACAAACAUAAGUGACAAUGACGGAGUUAUAUUUAAUCACGAUCACCUCCCAUCGGAGCCACCUAAUAAGAAUCCCAAACAGAAGUGGAUAUUUUCUUGUUCAGAAAGUGCAUACUACGGCGUGAAAACUUGCGCUACUGCACAAUGGCGUUACAAAUUCGACUGGGUCAUGUCUUACAGACACGACUCGGACUUCUACUUCGGUUAUGGAGACAUCAUCGUGAGGAAAGGGGUGAUACAGAAAGAUUACGAAGAAAUAUAUGACCAAAAAAAGAAUUUGAUUGCUUGGAUAACAAGUCAUUGUGAUACACAUAGCAAGCGUGAACGAUACGUGGAAAAGAUGUCUCAGAUUGCCACCGUGGAUGUGUUUGGGAGGUGUGGAACCUUCAAGUGUGAAAGAUACACCGGGUAUGAAAAUGACUCCUGCCAUGACCUUGUCGCAAGAGAUUACAAAUUCUACUUAGCGUUUGAGAACUCACUCUGCAGAGACUACACAACAGAAAAGUUUUAUUUCCUUUAUGAAUAUGAUAAACCUAUCAUUCCUGUCAUUAUGGGUUCCUUUACAGUUGAAAACUACUCACGGGGAGCUGUAUAUUUUGACGUCAAUAACUACCACUCCCCACAGCACCUCGCUAGAGAUUUAGUGGCUCUCGGAAACAACAAGGAUGCUUAUAUACAUCUUCUUAGAAAAAAGGACAGAUUUAGUGCUUUGACUUCACAAGACACCUUUGCGACUUCUAUGUGUAAGAUAUGCGAGUAUCUUAUCCUGAGGAAACCAGGGCGUCUAGAUCUGGACAUUGCAGAUUGGAACGUCAGUUUCAACAUCCUCUACUACAAUCAACCCGAGGACUGGAAAAAAGGCCGAGAUGUGGUCAAUUUCAGGAAGUGUCCUUAUAAGGACUGUUCCGUCACAACCGACCGCUCGCAAAUGAUGAAUUGCAAAGCUGUAAUUUUUCAACAUAAUCCACUGCCUGAAAAUCCUCCGUCGAAAUUGCAUAGGCAAAUUUGGAUAUUUACAUCGUCGGAGAGUCCGUAUCAUACUCGGAGAACUGUGCUACUGCCGACUUGGGAGGGUGUGUUCGAUUGGUCAUUAUCGUACAGGAGAGACUCGACUGCGUUCUUUGGAUACGGCGAUAUUAUUCCAAGGAAGACCCCUUUGACAAGAGAUUAUAAUUCGGUGUACUCUCAAAAAAUAGGAGAUGUGGCAUGGAUUGUAAGUAACUGCAGAACACGAAGCAAAAGAGAAAAGUAUGUAGAAGAGCUACAGAAGUAUAUAACUGUAGAUAUUUAUGGGGAAUGCGGGGAGGAAUGUGAACCGUAUCAGCUACUAGGGAACGACACCUGUCACAGAACGAUAGCUCGUGACUACAAAUUUUACCUGUCGUUCGAGAACUCACUGUGUGCUGAUUAUACGUCAGAGAAGCUGUAUCACAUCUUUCUGCUGGACUUGCCUAUUAUACCUGUAGUAAGGGGCACACUAACAGGCAAACGAUACAUCCCAGCAGAGGCUUACAUCGACACUCUGGACUUCAGAACACCAAAGGACUUAGCAGACCAGCUACACGAGAUUGCCAAAAAUAAAACGAGGUAUAUAGACAUGCUGAAAGCGAAAGAUAAAUAUACAUCCAAACCAUCGUGGCGGACGUACGAAGAAGCCCUGUGUAAAAUAUGCAAGCUGCUCCACUAUUACGAUUUCGUUCAUCGACCUUUAGAUGUUGCUAAGUGGUUUUUUGUGAACGCUUGUCGCGAGCCGUUUGAUCUUAUUUGGUGAUCUUAGUCAUGAAGUUUACUUACUUGAUUGUUACGGGGUCAUUUAAUAACAGUCACAUACGUUCAACCCAUCAAUUAAUAUGAAUAUGUGAUAUACGCUUUUACAAAAUUUAAGAGAAUUUUGCUGACCAAAAAAAAAAAAUAAUUUUAUUCUA